AUGUACCAUGAAAACUCUGCAGUUCCAAAAGGAUGUAGAAAAUAUCUUUUUGACACCAGUGAUUUUGAUAAAAUUCAACCCCAAGCCGUUGAACAGAGUGAUAUUCUUUCUGUAUCUAGAGAGGAUCUAAUGCAGCUUGUGAAGUCUCUUCAUGAUGUCUAUGCGGAACUCGACAGAGUGAACUUAUUUUGCCGUGAAAAGGCAAUGCGGGGCGUUGCUGUCUCUGCGUUAUCACCAAACACGGCAGUAAACAUGAGAAGACGUUAUUUCUUCAAAUGGCGUAAAUGGUUAGACCAGCGGCAUUGGCAACAUCAGGGCGAAUGUGUACAAGGAGAACUAGAACGGUGUGUGUGGUGCCAACCGCUAUCGAGUGCAGUUCAACUCAUACAAAGAAGAUUGGGAUUAGAGUUGGCACUGCGGCAGCAACAGGAUGUUAUUCUUAUAGACCAGAAGGAGAGAAUUCAUUAUGAACAUCUGGCCGUCAGCAAUAUUGCGAAACAUUGUAGAGAUGCCGAAGGGCGUCUAAACAUUGCGGUGGGAAUGAUUAGAACUAUACUUGCCAAAGGACAACCACAACCACAACUAUCAUCAUUAUUAUUAUUAUCAUCACCACAAGAAGAAGAAGAAGAGGAACAGUCUGUACAAGUAUUGAGAGUGUUACCCAGUUGUGAAGAGAAGUCUCAGGAGAAAAUGAAUUCCAUGGUGAUGAUACCUCCGCAAAACUUUUAUGAAAGAGAGUCUAUGUUCAACAGUCGCGUACUUAUGGAGAGAGAACUGCGCUGCGGUACUCGAUUGUUUGGUAAUUUUAGUAAACAGCAGCAACAAGAAGAAGAAACAUCGAAACAGUGGAUUCCUCUCACCACUAAUACGGGAUUUAGUGGAAUGAACUUGCCUUUCCUUAAUUCAUUGGCACAAAAGAGAGUCCUGCCAAAUAAUACCUUAUCGUAG